AUGACUGGCGUGCAUAACGAAGAAUUUUUCAACACAUUCCGCGUGAACACACCCGAAAAGUACGGUUCCACCCGAACGUACUCUUCCCUAAACGAGACGAUUUUCUCCGAUGAGUAUCUUCGCACUUGGCAAAUGGUGUUUAUUAUCCGACAUCCGGCACUGAGAUGGCCAUCCUUCUGGCAGUCAUUGCUGAAAUUUAGCCAGCAGGGGAUUAUUGACGAAGACAUGCUACAGGGGACCACGAUGGCGCAUGUGUGUAUGCGCUGGUCUCGCUUAUUAUACGAUUGGAAUCUACAGCAAGAUGCACGUCGUCCGCCGCCUAUACUAGAUGCCUACGAUCUUAUUAACAGCCCUGAAGUAGUGAUCAAGUUCUGUAAACAAGCCGGAAUGGAUCCUGAUGCGCUACAGUUUGAAUGGAAGUGCCAGGCUGAUGAUCCUGAUUAUUCGGCUUCUGCUGAGAAGAUUACGGAGGCUUCUACCAAAAGCGGGCUUGAUGAGUCGCAUCUUCGUGCGGCUAAUAUCAUGCUCAAUACGCUUUCACAUUCUUCGGGUCUGAUUAAGGAUAGAACGGUGAAUAUAUCAACCGAGAUGGUCAAGUGGAAAGCUGAAUUUGGAGAUGACGUGGCUGGGAGAAUCGAGAGGGCUGUUUGGGAUUCAAUGCCUGAUUACGAAUAUCUGAAAGCCCGGCGAGUUACUGUUUAA